AAAUGCAGUCGGUGGUGUGUUAGCGGUGUGGGUGUGCUCCCUCUGCCAGAGACCUUCGUCCUAAACCCGUGGUGAUUAACACUUCAAAUAGCAAUGUCUCCUGAUGAGCUGGUGUAUUUGGGAAUUCUCGCUGCCUCCAUCCCUGCUGGAUUCCUCUUCCGUUACCUCAGUCCACCUGUGAAGCAGGGGGCAGCUCUUCUUCUGGGCCUUUCUAUCACCAUUGCCACCUGUCACAUACACACACUCCACUCUCUGGUGACGGUGAUUGGAACAUGGAUUAUUAUAAAGAGCAGCUGGCGGCAUGCCCCAGCACUGAGUCUCACCUGGACCUUUGUCUACCUCCUCUUCUUCCGGCUGGUCACCUGGUUCGGUCUGCCACCACCGACACCUUUUGCCAAUGCUGUCCAGCUACUUCUCACUCUCAAGAUGGUGAGUCUCGCCAACGAGGUGAACAGUUUCCACACGGAGAAGAAAAAGGAAGUGAGCUCCUUUGCCAAGUCUCCAGUCAUCGGUGGUCUGUCUGAGGAGCCCUCUUUCUACGAUAUUCUGUCCUAUAGCUACUGUUAUGUCGGUAUCAUGACCGGUCCCUUCUUUCGCUUCCAAACGUUUGUUGACUGGCUGACACAGCCAAGCCCGCUGGCCCUGCCCGGCUGGGUGCCGUGCCUGCAGCGUUUGAAGCUGGUCCCCGUCUACGGUGCUCUGUUCCUGGCAUUCAACUCUCUCUUCCCUCUGGCUUAUGUUCGCACAGACGAGUUCCUGGAUGAAAACUUUUUCUUCAGGUUGUUCUACAUGGUGGCAGUAUUCUUCGUGUUCAGGAUGCGUUUCUAUGCAGCGUGGUGUGGAGCUGAGGCUGGUUGUAUCAGCGCAGGCCUGGGCUGCUAUCCAGAAAAGGCACUGUCCAAACCCGGAGGAGGACCCACUGUCAACUACAGUCCUGAUCCCACAGCUGAAGAGAAAUAUGACUUCAAAACCAUCCAGAACAUUGACUGCUACAACACUGACUUCUGUGUGAAGGUGCGACACGGCAUGCGUUACUGGAACAUGACGGUGCAGUGGUGGCUGCAUCACUACAUCUACCCCAACGCCCCCUUCAAAGCCUACACCCUCAGGGCUGGCUGGACCAUGUUCAUCAGCGCCUACUGGCAUGGACUACAUGCUGGCUACUACCUCUCCUUCCUCACCAUCCCCCUGUGCAUCGCAGCCGAGUCUGCCAUGGAGGCCUCUGUCCGAGCCAAACUGGGUCCUCGCGGCCAGAACAUCUUCGACUGGGUUCACUGGUUCUUGAAGAUGAGGGCCUACGACUACAUGUGCAUGGGCUUCGUGCUGCUGAGGGCUUCUGACACCAUCAACUACUGGAUGUCCAUCUACUUUACCAUGCACAUCAUCGCUGUUUGCUGUAUAAUAGUGGGCAGGGUGCUGAAGGGAGGGAAAAGGGAAGGGAGGAGAGGGGAGAGAAGAGAGGGAGAGAAGAUGGAAAACGUGACCGAGAAAACUGGAGAAAAAACAGACUGAAUGGAGAUACUGAAAGAACUGGCUUUUUUGGACACGAGUUACUUCAAGACUAGAAUUUCCAACAUCAUUUGCACCAAAACUCAUCUUUCUAGCAACAAACGCCACACAAGUCCAAAAAGAUGAGAAAGGUUCAACUCAAUUUUGUUAAAAAUACAGUAAAUCAGACUAAAGUGUGACAUUUGAAUCCCACUAAAACAUUUUCCCACAGGAGACAUUUCAUAUGUGUAGAAAUGUACAUAAAAGUGCUGUGAACACUGGGAGAGGAAUGUUUGAGCUCAACGAAUGUUACUUUUGUAUUGUGAGUGGCAACUCGGGAAUCCUCCGGUACUGUAUGUAUGAUUUCAUUUCAAAAUGCCAUGCUCCGUUUGAAGUGUUUUGGAACUGUAUUACUGGUGAAAACGAGGUCACUGACACGUUGAGGAUGCUGUUUUAAAGGCAGGCAGCGGAGUGAGUCAAACAAUAACCAGCUUAGCACGCAGAGUGAUCUCAUAAUUAGUUUCCAUAACAUAACAAAACAUUCCAACAGGACUCACUAACAUGUUUAUACUGGAGUAAAGAAAGAAAAAACAUCAUGGUGUUAUCAUUAAGGCUCAGCUGCCAUGGCCUGUGUGAUAAUACCGUUAUGAGUGUAAGUUUUUUCUAAUUUAUACAUUUUAUGAACAAAUUAAUUUUGCUGCCAUUUGGCAUCUAAAAUCAGCACCUCGAUUAAAACAAACAGCCUCUCAACAAAAACAACUUUCGGUUUUAGUUCAAUGCACAAAAAUUGCAAUCUGAAAUUGGAAAGCAGAACUACGAGCAUUGUGAAAUUAAACUGGUUUAGGUUUUUAGAGCAAAACAUGGUCCCGGUUACAUUUGUAUUGCUACCUAAUUACAUUAGCACCUCUAUUAGUGUUUAAAUAACUUAAAGCAUUUUCAGCAUUAUAGUUAUUGGCUGGACGUUUCUGCGUGAUGUGGUUUACUCCCUUGAUCCAGUGAAUACACAAUGUUUCUCCUUUUUUUUCCUUUACUGCUGUUCUGCCUGUAACUGUAAAGAACUCAGAUCAUAUCAGGAACAUAUGCAUUGUCAUCUCUACAGCAGUGUUGUAUGUAUGUAUGUAUGUAUGUAUGUAUGUAUGUAUGCAUGUUUGUGCCAUGUGAAAGAUGGCAACAGUUUGUUCACUGCCAAAAUGUCUGUACUGCCAUCAUGGACCAUUCAGGGUUGGGACCAAACAUUUGAUACAAAAAAUGGCAAGUUUAACAUCAGAAUUAUAAGCUGACGAUUUAGAUCAUGAAUAACAGCACAGUUAGGGCCGGGCGAUACGGUUGAAAUCAUUAUAAUAAUGUCAAUUCGGUUAAUUAGAAGUACAUGAUAUAUGUCGCAAUAUGAAAGAUGUAUUCAAAAUCACAUAAAAGAUAAACAAAUGGAUGUUCAAAGCAAUAAACUGCCCCAAAGUUAAGUAUUACAUGUAAGAAUAUAAGAUCAAAUCUUCACAAUACGCUCCCGCCAAAAACUGAUUAAUGAUAAUACUGAAUUAUCGCCCAGCUCCAACCCGAGUGAACUGUACAGUUUGAAAACACGUCAAGGGACCUUUUCAUUAAUUCAUGUGUCCAACUGUGUGAUAAGUCUACUGUAUCUGUUUUAUAUGAGCGUGAAUGACAGCAGAAUCGAAAGGUCUUUUUUUCCCCAAUGUGUUUAGUUGUGGGGUGAUUUAAAUUACGAAUUGAUUUUGUGUUAUUGCUGCUACCCUGUGUCCUCUCUGUGCCAACCCUCAGCCCUUGCACAAACGGUUCCCUUUAUUUUUACUAUUGCAUCACAGUGAUGAUUGUGGAUUACAGUCCCUCAGCUCAUCUCUGGACUAUUUAUUUUUCCUCCUUUUGUCUGUUUUGUUUACUUGGCUUUGCCUUCACAUAACUGCACCAACUGUAACACUCCCUGCUUUGUAAGUGUUACAUGUGGCAAACACAUCAACAUUUCCUCGCCAA